GAUGAUAAUCUGCUGUGUGCUUGCUUUCCGAGUCCGACUUCGCAAUCUCAGGGUCUCCCUGUCAACGUUGCAUGCUGCGAUACUGUGCGUCCAUGCGAAUCAGGCAUAGUAUCUAUCGAUAUCGGAUAGAUCAUCUAUCAACCCUGCAGAGGCGAUGAUAGGUGUAUUCGUAAAGGGUCCAAUGUUCCGAUAUGCAAUAUCGUGCAUAUCGCAUGCUAGCUCACGCUGUUCUGACGGUGUGCCGUUCGGUACGGUAUACGUACAGUAUGAUGCGCACGGCAGAUGAAAUGGGGGACUCGAUAGCUCGAUAGCUCACCUGAAUAACCCGAAGUCUUCCAUUCGGAUAUAAAAACUAUGGCCAGUUUUCUUGGAUCUUCAUUCCGCUCUCUCUUUCUACAUUUGCUAUUCAAACAACGAAAUGUCCUCACAAAACGCACAACCGGACCCUUCGAUAUUCGCCUUCAAUCAAAGUAUCAGGAGGUGGAAUGAUGACACGCCCGAUCAAUACAUCGAACGACUAAGACGUCUAGGUGAAGAGCUCCCUUCGAACGCCGCUCUUCGUAAACACGUUCGGCGUGUGUUUAAGCGGAUGGUUGACCCUGCGAUAUUGCGCGGCAAGGCACUGAUCGAUGACGGGACAGGUAAACCUCUUAUGCUAGAAGUUCAACAUGGCGGGCCGACGGUGUUAAUCACUGAUUUGUUCAACGCUUUGGGAUGGUUGAUUUCUGUUUUAGAAGUGGGAGUGGCACGACCAAGUUCUAAGCUACCUGAUCUCUUUAAGCUGAGCAUACGGUUUGCCAGGCUUUGUAAUCUUCUGGGGAAGAGGAUGCAGUCUGCAGUAAACCCACCGGCAAUGGCAGGCAUCAUGUGGCUUACCGAGCUGGGCGAGGAUGCAGAAGAAGUUGAAAACGCCUCCUCAGUGAUCUUAGAAAGUAACAACCUUGUCUUGGGAACCUCCAUUCCGGGGGGAAGACCUGGACCUCUACAGGCGCUCAAGAAACUGGCACAAGAGGCUCAGGGUCGCAUGAUCUUCUCCGCUUUAGGUGUGUGGGGCCUGAAUGACAAAAUGGACUCGUGGCCCUUGGGAAACUGCGCAGAGUCUCGCGGCUUUGUGACGUUCAACGAUAGGAAGUACCUCCUGAACAGUAUCGCGGUUAGAAUCUAUAAGGUAAAUGACGAAUGGUCUAGGCAGGGUCUCUCUGAGAAACGCUUGUUUGCCAAUGCAUGUAAAACAUGUAUCAGAGUCGUCCUUCAGUCCAAGCUGCCAUUCCGUGAUUUGGCCCGGAAGCGAAAGGGGAGAGCUAGUUUCUUCGUGCUAGAUGACCAAACUGACCUCAAGCAGGUACGAGACUGGGAGAAGGAAUUCGGGUUCCCAAAGGGUACACUUCGUGAGAUGUCUGAGGCGGAACUCGCUGCAUCUCAGGAACAAGCGGAUAUUCAUGGAGGGGACGAUAAUGACAGUGAUGACGACUUGGCUGCCGAGAUUGCACGCCUCGGCGUGGCGAGUAAAACCUCUACAUCGUCUUAUGGAAACGAUGGUAGAGCAGCACAUUCUGGAGGCUCUCAGAGUGGUCGUCAGGGUUUUGAAACGUCUCAGGCUCCGUCUAGGUUUUCUGCACGCGGACCGAGCCACUCAGGUUCGUCAGACCGUGAACAAAGAUCUGGCCCGGAGCGCUCUCAAAGUGGACAGACUCGUCAGCGCAAAGACAAAGGCACUUUACCGUCUCGGAACCAGCCACAAUCAUCUGUUGACCCACGGUCGAUUGAUUCGUCUGCCUCCUUGAGCCUGGCUUCCUCGUCGCAUUCUGCUACUCAUCCGGAAGCGCCCUAUGACUAUUCUGGCACCGACUACGCUCCUAGUUCUCAGGAUAGCUCCCUUCUAUCACACUCGUCCACCCAACAACAACGGUAUCAGUCUUCUCAGACUGCACCUACUCUGGGGUAUUACCCUCGGGAUUCUGCUUCUCAGCCUCCCGUUCUGCGAUCUGAUCGUUCUAAUGCACAACCGCAAAGCUACUCUCAUUCUGGGCAAGCUACUAAUCGAUAUGAUGUACGCCACUCAGGUGGACCCGUAGUUUCGUCCGCAUCGUCUUCACAUGACCCACAUGGGUCGGAAUCGUCGAGAAUGCUACAGCAGCGCAGACCAUUCGAUACUUCACAGCCUGACAUGUCUGGCGGUGUAGCCCUCUCACGUAGAGAAGACGACAAUUUCUACGCUACGCAACGAGAUAACAGCUACGGAGAUCCAUACCGUUCUCAUCUUCAGCCUUCUGGUCACCCUCCAGCACCUCCUGUACCUCAGAAUUACUCGGCCUCAUUCGGCCAAUUAGCUCAAUCUGUUCAGGGUCCCUAUGCGCCGAUGACGCAAAGUCAAGGCUCAGGCCCGAAUGCCUAUGGCUGGUAUGGCUUGUCCCCGCCAGGACCUGGAUAUCUGCGCCCCAACCAAUAUCCUGGGCCCAAUCAAUAUCCUGCUCCCAAUCAAUAUCCUGCUCCCAAUCAGUAUCCUCAGGCCACCACCUCAAGUGCAAGCCUUUAUGAUCCGAAUGCUGUGGCACCAGCUGGGCCCUCUCCCUAUGCUAUGAACCCUUCAUUCUUUAACCCCGAGCAGCAACGUCAACAACCGCCGGGCCCUCCUGGCCCUUCGUUCGUGCCACUGCGCCAGUAUGAUACAGGUUCUGUACCCGGGCCAGGUUUCUAUCCUGGAUCGUCACAAGGCGAUCCGCGUCGCCAAGGUCGGGAAGGCGGUUCUGGAUACCGACAAGGCUAUUAACUUGACGUGAAAUAGUUCGAUUUAUCUCGGUCGCCUUACACGUCUUUAUGCGAAACUCCCACUUACUUUACUUUUCUCCUUGACCUUUGCUACUUCUCAGUAUCGAUUAUAGUGCUGACUAUCGCUCGACGUGUAUAACAUUUUGUAUUAUAUGAAUUCCUUUGGUAGACUUCAAUAGCACUGUGUGCUUCCUCCAGCUAAUAAUAAAAUAAGACUUUGCCGUCGUUUACAGGCCAU